ACAUAAUCCCAUUAACUCCCAUGGCCACAUCUCUUUCUACCCAUCCCACUCCCCUUCUCCUCACCAUCUCCAUCCUCAUCUUUUCCCUGGCUUUUCCGGUCACCGGAGACGACAAACACGUCUUCGGAAAACCCAUCCCCCGGAAAACGCUCGGCCUAAAGAAGGAAAAACUCAGCCACUUCCGCUUCUACUGGCACGACAUCGUGAGCGGCCGCAACCCGUCGUCCGUCACGGUGGUCUCGCCGCCGAGAAACUCCUCGACGGGGUUCGGGGUGGUGAAUAUGAUCGAUAACCCUCUAACCCUCCGGCCGGAGCUGAGUUCUAAGAUGGUGGGAAAGGCGCAAGGGCUCUACGCGUCGGCGGCGCAGCAGGAGGUGGGAUUGUUGAUGGUGAUGAACUUCGCGUUCGUUGAAGGGAAGUAUAAUGGAAGCGCGUUCACGGUGGUCGGCCGGAAUGCGGUGUUUCAUGCGGUGCGGGAGAUGGCGGUGAUCGGCGGCAGUGGGCUUUUCCGGUUCGCUCGGGGAUAUGUUCAGGCCAGGACUCACUCUUUUGACCUUGAAAGUGGUGAUGCCACGGUUCAAUAUGAUGCAUAUGUUAUGCAUUAUUGAAUUGUUACUAUUAUGUUUUCUUUUUAAAAAUAAUAAGGGUCCAUCUUGUACUAGACUAGAUAGCAUUUUAUAUUUUCAUGGCAUCAAUAAUGCAACCUUUGAUCCCCUAAUUAUUACUAUUAAUUGAUAUGCACCAUUUUUUUUUUAA